GAAAGAGACAGCCAGAGAAAUAGAGAAAGAGAGACCAGAGACCAAGAGAGAGAGGGAGCUAGUGACUGGGAUAGAAACAGGGACAGGGACAGAGAGGACCGGAGGGGCAGGACACAAAGCUUUCCAAACAGUAACUCUAACCCUCUUCAGACUAACACCAUGGAGGCUCCAGAGGGUCAGGGGAGACUACAGAGAGGACUACCCUCACCUGGACAACCCCACGCCAGUUACCAACGAUCUAGCACCACCCUCAGGUCUCCACGCCAAGCCUCCGGCUCCAUCUCUCCCACCCUACUCCGCCCAUCCAUCCGAAUCAGAACCUCCACACUGUCACCAAGGAGACUGUCGCAAAGGAUGGACAUCACGGAAACGCGAUGUGGCAUGUACACGGUUAGAGAGCCAGGUGCAUUCUGGGUAGAGCCAGGGAUUGGGAUUGGCCAAUUGUCCCCGAGAAGAAGGACUCGGACACGCCUCUUCUCCCACAGCAGCUUAGAGCUGGAAGAGGAAGAGGAUGAGGAAGAAGAGGGAGAAGAAGAGGAGGAGGGAGGAGAGGCAGGGGGUAGUGGUGUGAUAGGGGUGGUGACUCAGACGCUGACUACGGCUGUGCCCUUGUCCCCUGCUCCAGCAGCGAUGGAUAGGAGGAUGACUAAAAGAGAGAGGAACAGGGUGAAGAGUCUGAGGAAGAGGCAGAGGAGGAGAGAGAGAUGGAGACAGAGCCAGCUGCUGGAGAAUAGACAGAGUUCGACUGGGAACCCAUCGAGCAGCAGUGAGGAGGAUGAUGAUGUGAGUGCCGGGGACAGAGAGGGCUUCAUCUGUGCUGUGUGUCUGGAUGUUUACUUCAGCCCCUACAUGUGCCACCCCUGUAACCACAUCUUCUGUGAGCCCUGCCUCCGUACCCUGGCUAAGAACAGCCCAACCAACACCCCUUGCCCACUCUGCAGGACCACCAUCACUCACGUCUUCUUCCAGACGGAGUUGAACCACACAGCACGGACGUUCUUCCCAAAGGAAUACUUUUCCCGGAAACAGACUUUCCAGAAGGCAAGCUGUGCAAAAUGGCCGCUCCCAAGCUGCAGGAAACUUUUCCGUAUUUUUGGAGGUUUCCAGAGGCAAGCUAGUCCAAUAGCCAGGCGUCAGUUUCCCCACGGGGGGUACCGUCUAGACGCCAUGGACUUUGAGGACAAUUCUCGCGGCUGGCGCUUUGACAUUGACAUGGUCAUUAUCUAUAUCUAUUCUGUCAACUGGGUCAUCGGCUUCAUCAUCUUCUGCUUUCUCUGCUACUUCUUUUUCCCUUCUUUCUAAAGUCAGAUGGAUGGAUGGAUGGAUGGAUGGA